UGUUUAUUUAUUAAUUUAUUUAGUCCUCUCCAGCAAUGGUUUGCUCAGCUCCUCUAGCUUAUUCCCAUAUUGUGACGCUUGCUCUGUCAUUAACAAAUUCGCCCAAGCAUAUUAUCCGUUGUUCAUUGCUCUGCCUUCUAAAGACGGCUUCAAACGAACUUCCAUAAACUGCAGAGACAAAGGCAGUGAGAGUUUGUUGUCUUGCUAGAGAUCGUCUCAUUAAAAAAGCAAAGUUAGCGUUGUCUGUUCUAGCAUUGGAUGUUAUUUACUUGAGGCUUUGUCGCAGAGAGCUUAAGGAGCGAAUCCAGAGACAGACUCGGGUCAUAUUCGACUCUAUGCCUGGAUCCCUAACAGCAACACAUUGUCUGCUUGCAUCACGUCACCUGACGCUGCUCCUCCCCGAUCAACACUCAUCUCCCCAACCCUGGAGAGUUACACACAAUAACACUGUCUAACUGAGCCUUUGUGUGUGUGUGUUUCUCCUUGUCUUUCAGGGAGCCACUGGGCCUAAGGGUGACAAGGGUGAACCAGGAGAGUGCAACUGUUUGAAUAAUAUGUUCUCUGGAACUGGCGGACCUGGGGUCCCAGGUGGUGAGAGCAGGUGGCAGGCAGGUCCUCAGGGGCCUCCUGGACCACCAGGCCCUCCAGGUCCCCCAGGGGCCCAAGGGUUUACAGGAAUCCAAGGUCCACAGGGUAUCCCUGGCAACGAUGGCGUACCAGGGAAACCGGGUCCACCCGGCCAAGCAGUGAGUAACCAGACAGGGGGAGGAGCUUUAUUACAGUAUAUAAACACAGAGCAAGGAGCCUGGUUGGUCGACUUCUGCGUUAGAAGGGGAGCGGGUCGGGCCUCCUUUAACGCGGUGCGGGGACACCGAGGUGAUUCACGAAGACAACAGCAACUUUUUUAUAAUACUAAAAGGACCCAGUAAGAAUGCAAGAAUCUUAUCUUGGCACUCCGUGAGGCAUCUCUGUUGUCCUUUAUGGCCGCCGAAGGUCCCAUUGCCCUUUCAGAGUUAACUCACAGACUCCGAGGCUUUGUGUAAUGGUAAACACUGCCAUUGUGUUGAGUUACGGUCAGGACGGCCAUUACUGUGAGUGAUGUUCCAUAUAGAAAGAGCCAUUAGAUCUUUGGUUGAAAGCAGUAUUUCGGCAUUAAUGGCCCUGUCUCUCCGCAUGCAUAUUUUAU